AUGGCUCGCAAUCACAUUUCCACUCUCAUCACUGACGUUCAAAAGGGCCAGGCACGUCUCCCACCAAUCGAUAAGUCCAGUGAAUACCUUCAUUCUCGUUGUCUGCUUUAUGCUUGUUUUACCCAAAAACGUUCGACUAAUCCUCAUGGUGCUGACACUAUCGACCCUCCUAAUCCAACUCCAAUGUUCUUUCUAUCGAACGACGAUGUCAAAGCGAUGGAGGAUUUCAUACAGAGUUUAUGGGUCUCUAGAGCGGAAGGUGACAAGGAUCACUAUGAAGAAGGGAUGCAUGUGCCAGUAUCUGUGUUGAAUGGAUGCGGAGAAUCCUUUGUAGCUGCAGAUGAAAAGCGUGAAAAGGCAAGUACUCAUUUUUUUACCGACACAGGCCUGAUGGCCCUGCUAUGUAGACAUGACUGUGUCCUCUGGCUUGCCAACCUCACAUCAGUGGGAGAAAAGCAACACUAUGCGCUCGCUCUCUUGGACUGCUUGUUCAAGCAUUUGCCCCCUCAAAUGACUAUAGGACUUCUCUACGACAUCGCAUGUCAACUCGAACAAAGUUGCCGAAAGUGGAAACUCCUGGACGACAACACUCUAUCAUGCAUAUCCUUUGCUGUUGCGGUAUUCCAUGUGUAUGGCCACCAAUGGCCCUGUCAAAUUGUCUAUCACCCGAGGAAGCGCGAGGGUUUUGGGCUGUCUGACGGUGAGGGUUGCGAACGACUGUGGAGUUCACUUAAGCAACUCAUCCCAUCGUUACAGGUUUCUGGAUUCUAUCAACAUCUUUUUGUCCUCGAUGUUCAGAUUCGCCACCUGGACACAAAAUCCAUCCAAGGCUAUGGGCAUUGGCUUCACCGGCGAUGGAUCCAUUGCCAGAUAAAGAAGAACGCGGCUCUGGACAGUUUACUUGACUUAGACAUCGAUGAGGAUAUGCUUCGGCAAUCCAAGAACAAAGUGGCGGAGGUCAUUACAACUAUCCUUGCGCUGGAGAAGACCCUGGAUGCUUACAGGACUUCUGUCCGUGAGCUAGAGAUGCAGCUUCAUGUAGGCAGUGUUUCUAAUAUUGCGGAGCUUAAUUUGCAGCUCUCCGGCGCUCGGUCACGACGUGCCAAAACCGCUGAUACCCUUCGACGUCGUAAAGCUGCUCUUGGAACGCAUGCAAAGGCCGAUCUUGAGAAGAUGAAGAACGAUACUUAUCUGACAGUCCACUUGAAUGCUCGUGCAGUGAAAAUUCGUAUUCGGGACCGUCUCUGUCAACGCAAGUUUGAAUUAGAGAGGCUGGAGAGAUUGUAUCGAGCUACAGUUAAUGCGGAACACAAGAUUCGCGCAAGCACCCAGUACUCUAUUAAACGCCGAGAACCCGGGGUUCUCAAAUUGGUCUCCACUUACAAUGACCUAUGUGCUCAGUUGCGGUCUCUGAUACGCCAGCAGAGAGCUCCCCCUUCUGCUGUUCCACCUCGCCCUAUUAUACACGAGGGCAUCUUUCUACUUGACGUCGACAAUGAGAUUUGGCAAGAUAUUGGCCUGGACGAAGACGGUAUAAACCCACCGGCAUGGUUAUCGGAUAAGGCCACCAGGUCUGGUAUCCAUUUACAGCUUGAAGUGGAUCGGUGCGUCGAAGAAGAAACUCAUUUGAUGCGAGAGCGGACCGUCAUGCAGGAGUGGAUGUUUGCAGAGUGGGAGGCCAUACAAACUUUGUUGAGGGAUGCGGGUGAGUCUAGUCUCAGUAUACAGUGA